GCUGUGCAGAGGUAAACUUUGGCUUGCAAUGGCCGCUGCUGCGCGACACGCCUCUUGAUAUUUUCGAGCAUUCAUGGGGGCUGCCUGAAAGCGAAACCAGAUGAAUGCGCACGCAGCAUUCCACUGGGAAGUGCACGCAGACGAGCUCCAGAUGUGCGUCAGAAAACAGCCAGAUCACCCUGAGCCGGACACUAAAGGCAUGUCGAGUAGAGACAGCUUGGGAUGCGGCCUUAGCGGUGCUGUCAUCGAAGACUGGCAGCAGACUGGCUCCUGACAAGAUCAACCACAGCCUUGCGAUCCGUGCUUGCAGCAUCAGCUGGCGCUAUGCCCUUAGGGUUGCCCAAGAAGCAUUCUCAUAUGCCAUUGAACCAGAUGCUAUCAGCUAUGGCUGCGAAGUGGGAGCAUAUCAGCAGAGCCGCAACUGGCACACUUCUCUUCUACUUCUGGAUGCGAUGGCGGACGGCACUAUUUUGCCGAACGAAGUCAUCAGUGGAUCAUUGAUCCAUGCCUGCAGCAGUCAAUGGGCCCGCGUGCUUAUGCUGCUUACGCGAAUGGGUAGCUGGCAGGUCAGGCUCAGCACAACUUCCUGCAACUCUUUGCUCUCGGCCUGCGAGCGCCGCUGGGCUUCUGGCCUAGCCCUGGUGCAGCUGGCCCGGCUGGCCGGGCUGAUUGUUGACACGGUGACCUGCAACUCCAGUAUCUGCGCCUGUGAAAGUGCAAACUCGUGGCGUCCGGCUAUGGAACUUCUCCGUGGCUCAUUCCGCUUGAACAUCCCGCUGAACAUUAUUUCUUCGAAUGCUGCCAUCAGCGCCUGUGCCCCGCACUGGACGUCAGCUCUUCGCUUGGUGCGCUUUUCGGGUGCUCAUCGCCUGGCCAGUGACAAGGUUACCUACGGUGCAUCCAUCAGCGCGUGUGCGAAGCAUCGUCAAUGGCAUGCAGCAGAGCAUCUUUUGAGACUCUGCACUCUGCAGAGUGUGAGGCACAGCACCCUGAUCUUGAACGCGCUUGUGACGACGUGGUUGCUUGCUGCAGGCAUGCUGCUGCAGAUGGCAACACGGGCCUUGGCACCGUCUACGGUUACGAUGGGGUCCGCCAUGAAUGCUUGCGAAGAAGAUGGCAAAUGGGGCCAGGUUCUCGAACUCUUCCAGGAGCUUGGGCGCCAUCGCCUUGAACGAAGCGACGUCACCUACAAUCAUGCUGUGACUGUGGCUGCAGCGGGGUCCUUGUGGGCAGUGGCGUCACAGCUCCUGGGACAUAUGCCAGCGGUGGUCGUCCAGCAGGAUGUCCUGUCCUUUUCGGCCACCGUGUCAGCUUGCCGGAGGAAUUGGAAGGCUGGCCUCCAAGUCUUGCAGCAAAUGUCCCGACGAGAGGUGCCGAAGGAUAUUGUCACCUUGGAUUGCGCGAUCUCCCUUUCAGGGGCCUUCGCCAUCUUUGGCGGCUUCGAUGCGGUGCAUGCGGCUGCCCUGGAAGACCUCCAGGGGCUGCGGCUGCGAGCGGAAAUGACCGGCACGGCGCCGGGGUACCUCCAAACCUCUUCAAACUGGGGCUAUGAGGGACUUGUCAUAAAGUCCGACUUGCAGAAUCAGAGUUUGCCUGGUUCGACUAUGUUCGACUACUUGCCUGCGGAGGACAGCAUGGCGUGCCCUUUCAAGACCACGAGCACGAAAUGUGAGGAAACUGGCACGCAGAGAGCGUUUGCAGCCAAGACUGAUGCCGAGAAGGAGUGCAUCGUCUACAACGCUUGCAUCAGUGCCUGCGAGAAAGCCGGUCAAUGGCAGCACGCCGUGGCCCUAUUCCACGAGAUGGAAGGCUUGGAGAUUCCAAGAACUUCGAUUACCUACAAUGCUACCAUCAGUGCCUGUGAGAAGGGGAACGAGUGGGAGCGUGCAUUGCAGCUGGUAGCUGAAAUGGAGAAGCUGGACGUUGAACGCUCGAACAUCACUUACAAUGCGUGCAUCGCGGCAUGCGACGAAGCAGGCCAAUGGCAGCACGCUUUGCAGUUGUUGGACGACAUGUCUCAACAUCAGGUGCAAAGCUGUGCUAUCACUUACCACGCCUGCGUGAUGUCUUGCGAGAAAAGCUUACAAUGGAGACUAGCAGUUAGAUUUCUCUCUGAUAUGCGGCGCUCGCGUAUCGAGUGGCAAAGCAACACGUUAAAC